AACAAUUUAUAAAUUCAUACGAAUAAAAAUUCGGCACAUUCCACGCAACUACCCCUCCUUAGUGAAAACGAAAAUCAAACGAAAAUUUUUCUAUCCAGUGAAUUUUCGUUAUAAGUUCAAGCGCGGUUAAAAAAAUCAAAUUACCUAAUUGGGUAGAUACUAACCACACCACCACCACAAUCAUGGACACGCCCAAGAAGACAAGAUCACGGACCGGUUGCUUCACGUGUCGCAAACGUAAAAAGAAGUGCGAUGAAACUUCGUAUCCUGUUUGUCAUAAUUGUCAAGCCAAGGGGUUGGAGUGUAAUUGGCCACCGUUGACUCAUGAGAUUCAUAAGAAGAUCGAACAGGUAAAAUAUGUUGAUCAGGAUAGGCGAGGGUAUAAGACAAUUGAUAGAGAGGAGGAGUAUAAGUCGUUGGAUGAAGAAUCGGAUAUAAUAAUAGAGAAAUCAAUACGACAUGAUAAAGAAGUUGUGCCACGAAUACAUUCGGGGGAGAAUAUCAAAAUUAGUAAGCCUUGGAAAAAUAAUAACAAGUAUUAUCUACAACGGAUAGCGAUGCAGCAGGAUAUAGUUGAUGAACAGCAGCCUAGUGCAUAUGAUAGUAAAGUACCUUAUAACUCUGAGACACUAACAUAUAGCCCUACAGUUGAUCCCGGGGAUUCCACACUCAGCCCAUUUAUAGAGGAUCCUUUUCUUGACCUAAAUUUCAAUAGAAUGAAUGAUGUGACAGGCACAACUCCAGAUAUAUAAUGUGAAUGCAGAACCAAAAAUUUUAUCAAACUCCUAUACUCCCAAAGAAAAUAAAGAAACAAAAAAAAAAAGAACUCGAAAAUUCUGCUAAAGGACUAUAUAAUAUGGAUGUUCGAGGUCUUACCCAAGCUAGAUCAUGCCAGUGAAACAAAUGAGUCACACAAGCACAAUACAUUAGAAUAUGCCUGUGGUUCAACCGAUCGGUUUCCGUAAAUCGCUACCCUAGCUAAUGCACAAUUAGAGCUAGUAGUCAACACAACCGACACCCACGAUGUAUAUAUACGAGUUGGUCAUACCGCAAAUGCUUAGUUAGACCAUAAAAUAACGUUUACAACGUAGAUCGUAAGAUUAAGAAAUUAUUU